AUGAAAAAUAUUGUCUUUGCAACUUAUUUCGAGGCUCUCAAGUUGGUUGUCUUCUGGUCUGGAAGCUCGGAAAGCACACCAUUUGAGCUCAAAUUCUACAACAAACUCGGCACAUGGCAAGCUGAGCCUGGCGUUGUUGGUCAGGCUGUCAUCACCGCUGUCAAGGCAGGCUACAGGCAUAUUGAUUGUGCACAGACUUAUGGAAAUGAGAAUGAGAUUGGUUUGGCUUUAAAAAAGCUGUUUGAUGAUGGAGUGGUGAAACGUGAAGUACUAUUUAUAACCUCCAAACUUCGGUGUGGUGAUCAUGAUCCAGAAGAUGUACCAGAGGCACCGGAAGCAACCUUGAAAGACUUACGACUUGACUAUCUAGAUCUUUAUCUGGUUUGAUAGUGUAAGCUCCAACAUGCACAUUGACAAGGUCUAAUUUGAUGAUCCACUCAUGUUGGUGAGAGAUUUAUACUAAAUGCAGUGCACUACUCUUACUGCCACAUUCUGUUUUCAAGCUGGAGUUGCUACUAACUACAUCCGUGUGGAUGACAUUUUGAGGUGUUUUGCUUCAUAUGUGAAAAUUUUAUCUGUAUUACAUUAUAUAGGCAAUAAAAGAGCUGUGUUUGAUUAUCAGAAACUCUGCUGAGUUGAUGAAAUACAAAUUUCAAAUCAAUUAUUUUUCUUUUU